AUGAUUCGGUUUUCGAUAUCGAAGACGCCGGCGCUCCCUCACAUCCCGGGCGAGUGCGCGUGGAACGCGAUCGACGCGGGGUACGUGCUUUCGUACAACACCGCCGCCUCGAUUUGCGUCGCGACCGAGGACGUGUUGAACAACUGGAACAACCGGAACCCUGGCCGGUACGCGACGUCUGAGAGCGUGAUGGGAUACGGCUUGCAGGAAUUCACGCUCGACAAGUCCUGCGCGGCGGCGCCGCUCCGCGAGCGGACUAAAUGCGCCGACGCCUACGCUGAGAGCGGCGGGACGUGGACCCAGGUGGGGUCAGACAUCGACGGCGAGGCUGAGUAUGACUUUUCCGGGUACUCGGUAUCGAUGUCCUCGGACGGCACGCGCGUGGCGAUAGGCGCACGUUUGAACGACGGCGCCGGCGACUCCGCCGGCCACGUGCGCGUGUAUUCCGAGAGUGGCGGGACUUGGACCCAGGUGGGGUCCGACAUCGACGGCGAGGCUGCGGGUGACCAAGUUGGGUUCUCGGUAUCGAUGUCCUCGGACGGCACGCGCGUGGCGAUCAGCGCUAUCUACAACGACGGCGCCGGCGACGUCGCCGGCCACGUGCGCGUGUACUCCGAGAGCGGCGGGACUUGGACCCAGGUGGGGUCCGACAUCGACGGCGAGGUUGCGGGUGACCUCUCCGGAUGGUCGAUAUCGAUGUCCUCGGACGGCACGCGCGUGGCGAUAGGCGCGACCGGGAACGACGGCGCUGGCACAACCGCCGGCCACGUGCGGGUGUACGCGGAGAGCGGCGGGACGUGGACCCAGGUGGGGUCCGACAUCGACGGCGAGGCUGCAAUGGACUCAUCCGCGUACGCGGUAUCGAUGUCCUCGGACGGCACGCGCGUGGCGAUCGGCGCGCCCGGCAACGACGUCGCUGGCAAUAACGACGGCCACGUGCGGGUGUACGCGGAGAGCGGCGGGACGUGGACCCAGGUGGGCGCCGACAUCGACGGCGAGGCUGAGUUGGACCACUCCGGGCACUCGGUAUCGAUGUCCUCGGACGGCACGCGCGUGGCGAUAGGCGCAUAUGGGAACGACGGCGGUGGCACUGGCCUUAACGCCGGCCACGUGCGGGUGUACGCGGAGAGCGGCGGGACGUGGACCCAGGUGGGGUCCGACAUCGACGGCGAGGCUGCGACCGACGGCUCCGGGUUCUCGGUAUCGAUGUCCUCGGACGGCACGCGCGUGGCGAUCGGCGCGAAAGGGAGCGACAACGACGUUGGUCACGUGCGGGUGUACGCGGAGAGCGGCGGGACGUGGAACCAGGUGGGCGCUGACAUCGACGGCGAUGCUGCGAACGACGACGGAGAGCCGGGGAACGGCCAUUUUGGGUGGACGGUAUCGAUGUCCUCGGACGGUACGCGCGUGGCGAUCGGCGCUCCCUAUCACGACAACAUACGUGGUCACGUGCGGGUGUAUGAAGACGGCUCCGUCGACGAAGUCUGCGCGUGCAGCGGCGUGGUCGAGUACAGGCUGGACCACGACCCGGGAUUGUGGUUCAGAGACUCGAAGACGUGCCACACCCCGGACGCGUGCGUGUGCGGCGAGCAAGACGGAGAGGACGGGAUCGCCCCUCUCGCGUUCCCCCCCGUGUGCUACUGUCACGCGGGUUAGAACACCUGUAGACCAAGGGUACUGAUAAUAAGUUGUUACCUU